ACAUCAUUGUACAUGCAUAGAAUUCCGUGUUCCUCAUUGCUUGCUUUACUGCUGACCAGAUCAGACGUAGCGAAGCCUUUUUCCGAGAUAACCGCUUAGAUAAGUUGUAGAUUCACAUUUUAACAACUGUAAUUGUGAAGAAAUGGCUUAUCAAUUCCCAAGACAACACAAUGGGAGGACAGGACCCCAGGCAAGAUGGGAAAAUCAACAAAACCACAAUGGGAGGACAGGACCCCAGGCAAGAUGGGGACAUCAACAAAACCAGCAAGCCUGGUCUCAACCUCCACCCGUGGAUUUCUUACAUGGGGAAAUCCAAAGAUUGAAUCAUCUUUUGGAAAUGGAGAAAGGGAGAUGGUUUGAGGAGAACCAAAAGGUAGUCGAACUGGAAUCACAGUUGGAGGAGACAAAAUUAGAGGUGAAAAGGCAGAAAAAUCUCAAAGAAAUGUUUAUCAACAAGGGUAAAGAGACAAAGAAGGAACUCGAGAGAUUACAAAAGGUUAGUGAUCCAGAGAUCCUAAACUCUGCAGCCAUUGCCGAAAUAGUUCACAACGACAUGAAAUACAAGAAGAAAAAGAUGCUGCAAAAAGACUUUGAUGAACUGAAGGUGGCCCACAUCCUCAUCCAACAAUCUCUUACCUCACAAAUCCAGGCAGAAAAAGACAAGAAUAUUGCCCUCCAGGAAGAACUGGACAAACUCAAGACUUCCUACCAGGAGCUUCCCUCCAAAAGUAAAGAUGCUGCUGCAGAAAUGCAGCAUGUUGGGAUUCAGACAGAGAAUGAAGAAAGAUCCAGUGAGAACGAACAACUCCUCGAAAAUCUCAGAGCUGAGAAGGAAGAACUCUUCCAAAAAAUGUCUCAAGAGAUCGCAUCUCUGCGAGAGAGGGACACCAGUUUGCUGAGACAACUAGACCAGCUUCAAGUUUCAUACCAAGAACUGAACUGUAGGUAUGAAAAAGAUGUUUCUGCAUUAAAACAGCAAGCAGAGGCAUAUCAGCAGGAGCUAAACUGCCACAAAAAUGCUAGUUCAGAGAGAGCAAGGCAGGACCUGCAGCUUAUCAAUGACCUGAGAGCUGAAAAAGACGAUCUCUAUCAAAAAAUGUCACAAGAGGUCGCAUUGCUUCAAGAGAAGGAGAAAAAUUCACAGAGUGAAUUAGAGCAGGUUAGAGAGUCAUACCAAGAAAUGACCUGCUUGUAUGAAAAAGACGUUUCUCUACUUAAACAGCAAGUAGAAAAAUAUCAGAAGGAGGUUGAUCAUGAGAAAAAAGCUAAUUCAGAGCGAACAAAGAAUGACCUCCAGCAAAUCAACCAACUGAAAACUGAGAGGCUUCAUCUCUACCAACAAAUGUCUCAAGAGAUCCAGAUUCUGAAACAGAAAGAGCUGGUGAACCAUUUGUCAGGUGAGACAGAACAGAGUGAAAAAGAGAACUCUGCACUGAAACAACAGGUAGAAAAACUUCAACUGCAGAUAAUUCAGGAGAAGAAAAGUCAUUUGGAGGCAUCAAAGAAGGACCUGACACUUCUUAACAAGUUGAGAGCUGAGCAAGACCAUCUCAAAGAAAACGCCUCAAAAGAAAUCACCUUCCUUCAAGAAAAGGACAAACGAUUGCAGGGAGAGAUGGACAAGAUUCAAGUUUUACACCAGGAACUGAUUUCAAGGUAUGAAACUGAUGUUUCUGCACUGAAACAGCAAGUGGAAACCUUAAAGCAGGAGAAAAAUAUCCAGAAAGAGCCUAAACAGGAAGUCACUGUCCCUGCAUGCACUGAUCUUGACAACUGCUCAGAGGAAAACCUGUCAGAGACCGGAGACCUCACUGAAGAAUCAACAAAGGUCAUCAACAAGGAUGUAAAGGAAAUUACUGAUGAGCCUGUAAUGCAGUCAGAGACAAACAACCCAGAUACCAAACCCAUGGCGGGAGCAGGCAAAGUGACUAAAUCAAAGCGUUCAUUAUGGAAAAGAUUUCGCCACUCUCUGGGUUUGAGGAAAUCAAAAAAGUAG